GCAAAAAACAACAAGAUGUCAGGUCUAAACGAGACCAACAACGAGAGUUACAGAUACCUGAGGAGCGUGGGUAACGACUGGCAGUUUAACGUAGAGGAUCUCCACCCAAAAAUGGUGUCCCGACUCUACAAGAGGUUUGACACCUUCGAUCUGGAUUGUGACGGUAAAAUGGAGCUCGAUGAAAUCCUCUACUGGCCGGACAGAAUGAGGCAACUGGUAAAUGCUACUGACGAACAGGUCGAGCAGAUGAGGGCUGCUUGCCACAAAUUCUUCGUCAACAAGGGAGUGCAUCCAGAAAAUGGGCUGCUCAGAGAGAACUGGGUUGAGUCUAACAGAGUCUUUGCAGAGGCUGAAAGAGAAAGGGAGCGACGUGGUGAAGACUCUAUGAUUGCUCUAUUGUCCAACGCUUACUACGAUGUCCUGGAUGAUGACGGUGAUGGUACUGUUGAUGUUGAUGAGCUGAAGACGAUGAUGAAAGCCUUUGAUGUACCCCAGGAAGCUGCUUAUACCUUCUUCGAGAAAGCUGACACGGACAAGAGUGGAAAACUUGAACGACCUGAGCUAGUGCAUCUCUUCAGAAAGUUCUGGAUGGAGCCUUAUGAUCCUCAGUGGGACGGUGUCUACGCUUACAAAUAUUAACGGAUUUAUGACCUUGAUCAAAUGAUUUAUCCUCUAAGGAUAUUAACUCUUUAAAAAUUCUACUUUGAUAUUAAUGUUCACAGCUUUAAAUGUUAACAUUCGGAUAUCUAUUGUAAUUUGAGUUGAUGCCUUGUCAUAUGCAAAUACUUACCAAAACUUCGGUUAGUUACUA